AUCAACUUCAAUGGUGGUACCCCAUCCUUUCUACUCGAAAACACCCUUUGUUUUUCACCUUAAUUUGUCUUAUUAGCUACCAUUUUAAUUUACUGUCCCAACAUCAUUGAAGCUGAUAAACCAAUAUCGUCCAAAACUUACCAAUAUUUGUGAUAUUGGUUUAUGUGUUUCAGGUGCAUGGAAGACCAAACUGGGAGUAGUUUUAACUAGGGUUUGUCCUUACAUGAAUUGAGCUCAACUAGGGUUUUCGAUUAAAGUUAUCGGUAUAUAUAGCGAUGGAGAAAGAGGAGAAUUACCAGGCAAGUUUUAUGGGUAGUCUAGAUUACUCUCUAGACAACCUCCAUCAAAACAAACACAUGAAGCCGCGAAUCGGCCAAACUUCUGGUGAUAACAACAACAACAGUGGAAUGAUUGAUUACAUGUUGAAUCAACCUCACCAACAACAACAAGCUCAACAGAUAUCUUCUUCUGGGUAUUGUACUCCAAAUAAUUCUCUAGAUAAGUUGAGCUUUGCGGAUGUAAUGCAAUUUGCAGAUUUCGGAUCCAAGUUGGGCUUGAAUCAUCAAGACAAAGUAUCAUCCAACGAAGAAGAAACCGGAAUUAUUGAUCCGGUUUACUUCCUCAAGUUUCCGGUGUUGAACGAGAAAGCAGAAGAUCCCUCAUCUCUAAUGGUGCCUCAUACUCAAUCGAUUAGUGGAGAGAUGAUCAAUGAAGAGAGGUUAUUUCAUGGAUUGAAUAUUAAUGGUCAUGAUGAUGUGGAAGGAGAAGAAGAUGCAAAAGAGAUAAAUGAAGAAGCUAGGGUUUCGGAUCCGGAGAAGAAUGCUAUCAUCCCUUUGCCUGUAGAAGUGAUGAAGAACAAGAGAAAAAGACCAAGAAGUAUAAAGACAAGUGAGGAAGUUGAGAGCCAGAGAAUGACUCAUAUUGCUGUUGAAAGAAAUAGGAGGAAGCAAAUGAAUGAGCAUCUUGUCGUCUUGAGAUCGCUCAUGCCUGGCUCGUAUGUUCAAAGGGGAGAUCAAGCAUCGAUUAUCGGAGGAGCGAUCGAGUUUGUGAGAGAGUUAGAGCAACUUCUUCAAUGCCUAGAAUCACAGAAAAGAAGAAGAAUCUAUGGAGAAGCUACUCCAAGACAGAUGGUUGCUUCAGGAGAUCCCUCUCAGAUUGCAAAUAUUCAACCACCGACAUUUUUACCUCCUUUGCCUCUUGCUAAUCAAAUUAAUGAUGAUGUAAUGAAUUUGGAGAUCGGACUCCGGGAGGAGACCGCGGAGAGCAAAUCAUGUUUGGCUGAUGUUGAAGUGAAGGUGUUAGGGUUUGAUGCCAUAAUCAAGAUCCUCUCAAGGAGAAGACCAGGACAGCUCACUAAGACCAUUGCAGGACUUGAAGAUUUGCAACUUAGUAUACUGCACACCAACAUCACCACUAUUGAACAAACUGUUCUUUACUCCUUCAAUGUCAAGGUGACAAGUGAUUCGAGGUUCACAGCAGAAGACAUAGCAAACUCAGUUCAACAGAUAUUCAGUUUCAUACAUGCCAACACCAGCAUAUGAAGCAUAUGAUCUUGUCCAAUAUCCAUCUUUGUUCAAUUAUUUCUCUCAUCAUGAUAAGUACAUUGUUAUUUUAUUGGAUUCUCAUUUCUUUUUCUUAUUCAGGAUUUCAGAAUUUUCAAUAAUUUUCAGGUUUAUUGUAGAAAUUAAUUAAAUAGAAAUAUAUGUUAAUAGAAGUUUGUAUUAAAG